AUGGUUCGAUCUAACAAAUCGAAGAAUCACAAGGAUCCAAGGAUGGAACCAACGAAGCGGCUGAGAGCUAAUAUGCGUGAACGUCAACGAGUGUCUCAAAUGAACGAAAUGUUCGAUGUUCUCAUCAGUCUUCUACCACCAUCGGAAUUCAGACUUCGUCUUUCAAGAGCACAGGCGUUACGAGAAGCCGCCAAGUACAUCAAUCAACUCAUCGAGCAUCUGGAGACUUCUGACGGCACUGACGCCAUCACCAAAUUCCCCCAUAUCUUCCUAGAAAAUCGUCAAUCGAAAACCGUAAACUACCGUACUCCAGUCAACAGUUCAAGUGUAACUGCAUUCAUUUCAAGACACGAUUUGCCAGAGGAACCAAAUCAGAUUUCAAUUCUGACUCCAAUCGUCCCCCAGAACCCAAUUUAUUCGUUGCCCCCGAGUACAACUUUUAUUAUUUCCGGAAGUUUCGAAUCUUAUCUUCAUGGAUAA